AUGGCGGACCCGUCUGAUACGCAACAUGUGGGGAAGAGAGAUACCAGCGUUUGGGCCAAUAUCAGAUUCAUCUGGUUCACCAUUCUUGUGGGAUUUUCUCUUCUCGAGUAUGGAUUUGACAAUGGCGAAAUCGGUGGAUUCCAAGCCAUGGUCGGCUUCCUACAGGUGUUUGGUUACGAAGAUCCUAGAGUUCCGACGGGCUGGAACAUUAGGCCGGUCCCUCAACAGAUCAUCAGUUCUUUCAUGCUCCUCGGCUCGUUUAUUGCGAGUUGCUGCACUGGAUUAAUAGGUACCUACCUCGGCCGCCGACACUCCCUCAUGGCUGGAUGUGCCCUCUUGAUCGUGGGCGUCACGAUUCAGAUAGUUACCACUUCCAUGGGAGCCUUGUACUUUGCUCGACUUAUUACGGGACUUUCGAACGGGAUCUUGAUGAGCUUCACUUUCCUGUACGUCGUGGAAAUGGCGCCGCCCUACUUUAGAGGUCUUGGAUAUGCUUUCUGCUCCUGCUGGGUGACUUUGGGGACAGCCAUCGGAUAUGUCAUCACCAAUUCGACGGAGAAGAUGCACAAUCGACAUGCGUAUCAAAUUCCGCUGUACACACUCUACGCCAUUCCAGUGAUCAUCUUUGGCUCGCUGCCAUUUCUCCCAGAGUCUCCACGCUGGCUCCUUCUGCAUGGGAAGAACGAACAGGCUCUGAAAUCCAUCACCUGGAUGCGGAACGGCGCAUAUGACGAACUUGCGCUGAGGCAGGAAUACGAGGAAAUGAAACUAAACGCCAUGCACGAGAUGGAAAAUCAGUCGUCGAUUCUUCUCUUCGACAUGCUGCGCAGACGCAACAUUCGACGUAGCCUCAUUAGCUGUGGCAUCGGCCUGAUCAAUCCCGCCAUGGGUGGCAUGUUUGUGAUGGCGUUUGCGACGUACUUCUUCACCGUGGUUGGCGUCGAGAGUCCCUUCAGAUGGAUCAUCAUGUGUCAAUUUCUCGGUGUCUUGGGCCAGUGCACUUCUUACUUCUUCAUCGACCGCGUCGGCAGAAGAACAAUGUUGCUUAUUGGAACCACCAUCUGUGCGAUUUCGAUGCUGCUUCUUGGUAUCGUGUCCACACCAUCAAGUGUGCGGUACUCAAAGGCUUAUGGGAAGGUUGUCAUCUUCCUGUUCUCCUUUUACCUCUGGGGUUUCAACUUUGGAGUCACUUCCAUGUCGUACCUUGUUGCGGGAGAAAUUCCUGCGCAGAACCUACGUGCCUACACUUCUGGAAUAUCGACUGGUGCGGGCUUUGUCUUUGCGUGGCUCACCGCUUUCACGGCCCCGUACUUCAUCAACCCCAGCGAACUUAACUGGGGUGGAAAAUAUGGAUACAUCUGGUUCGGGUCCUGCAUCGUGGCCAUCAUCUUCGUGUAUAUGUUCGUGCCAGAGGUCCGGGGGAGAACGCUUGAAGAGAUCGAAGAGAUGUUUGACAAGGGAAUAUCUGCCAGGGAUUUCUCCACCUAUGUCUGCGACAACGUCGUCCUUGCACGCGAACAGGCUGAGGAAGUGGUCUACGGAGAGAAGAAGCCUGAACGAGUACAGGUUGUCCACAUUGAGGCCGCCAACAGCGCGUGA